GCGCCGGUCUGGCCUCUCCCGAAGCGGGGAGGAGGCCGAGGGGACCAUGUCUGGGAGGAGCACCCAACUCUCUACUACAGAGCGCGUCGUCAAAGCUGUCCCCUUUCCUCCAACCCAUCGUCUCACAUUGAAGGAAGUAUAUGAAAAUGGAAAACCUAAAAUUGAUGUUUUGAAAAACCAUUUGGUAAAGGAAGGCCGACUGGAAGAGGAAGUAGCCUUAAAGAUAAUCAAUGAUGGGGCUGCCAUCCUGAGACAAGAAAAGACUAUGAUAGAAGUAGAUGCUCCAAUCACAGUAUGUGGUGAUAUCCAUGGACAGUUCUUUGAUCUUAUGAAGUUAUUUGAAGUUGGAGGAUCACCUAACAAUACACGCUACCUCUUUCUUGGUGACUAUGUGGACAGAGGCUAUUUCAGUAUAGAGUGUGUGUUAUAUUUAUGGAGUUUAAAGAUUAAUCAUCCCAAAACAUUGUUUCUGCUUCGAGGAAAUCAUGAAUGCAGACAUCUUACAGAGUACUUCACUUUCAAACAGGAAUGUCGAAUCAAAUAUUCUGAAGCCGUGUAUGAUGCAUGUAUGGAUACAUUUGACUGUCUUCCUCUUGCUGCCCUCUUAAAUCAGCAGUUUCUAUGUGUACAUGGAGGGAUGUCUCCUGAAAUUACUUGUUUAGAUGACAUUAAGAAAUUAGAUAGGUUUAAAGAACCUCCAGCCUUUGGGCCGGUCUGUGACCUGCUUUGGUCUGACCCCUCCGAGGACUAUGGCAGUGAAAAGACCUUGGAGCACUAUACUCACAACACUGUCCGAGGGUGCUCUUAUUUCUACAGUUACCCUGCAGUUUGUGAAUUUUUGCAAAACAAUAAUUUGUUAUCCAUUAUCCGAGCCCAUGAAGCCCAAGAUGCUGGGUAUCGAAUGUACAGGAAGAGCCAAACGACAGGCUUUCCAUCACUCAUUACAAUUUUCUCUGCCCCCAAUUACCUAGAUGUCUAUAACAAUAAAGCUGCUGUGCUGAAAUAUGAAAACAAUGUCAUGAACAUCAGGCAAUUUAAUUGUUCUCCACACCCUUAUUGGCUUCCAAACUUUAUGGAUGUAUUCACGUGGUCUUUGCCUUUUGUUGGAGAGAAAGUCACAGAGAUGCUGGUUAACAUUCUCAACAUAUGCUCUGAUGAUGAACUUAUUUCUGAUGAUGACUCAUUAGAAGGAAGCACUACUGUUCGUAAGGAAAUCAUCAAGAAUAAAAUCAGAGCCAUUGGGAAGAUGGCACGGGUCUUCUCAGUCCUUCGAGAAGAGAGUGAAAGUGUUCUGACUCUCAAGGGCCUCACACCUACAGGUACACUCCCUCUGGGUGUCCUCUCAGGAGGAAAGCAGACUAUUCAGACAGCCAUCAGAGGCUUUUCACUGCAGCACAAGAUUCGAAGUUUUGAAGAAGCCCAAGGUCUGGACCGAAUUAACGAGCGGAUGCCGCCGCGAAAAGAUAAUGUACACCCUGAUGGGCCAGUAAAAUUGGUCAGCCCUGUGCACCCAAACACUGCACACAGGAGUGACCAAGGAAAGAAAGCCCCGUGACGGUUUGAGGCCUGCUGUGGCAUCCACAGCUUACCAACAAACUUUAUUUAUUUAUUAUUGGAAAACAAAGCAAAACAAACUUAAACUCGGAGGUGCAUCCAUAAUGCAGGCUGCAUUUAUUCUGUAAAAAAGGUGACCAUUUUAUAAAUUCUUUUAUCUUCAAUAUAUAUAAAAAGUACAUCUGUUCUGUUUUUCCCUAAUUUUUAGAAAUUGGUCUGAUUGUUGUUGAUACAUUUAUGAAGUCUUGUGCUAUAUAAAGAUGACCUUCCCCUAAUAAAAGGGCCUUCGAAACCUCAAUCCUGGGUUUCUGACUUGAA